AUGUUGAAUGCUCAUAGCAGUCCGUAUGGUACUCGGCCGCUGUUGAUUUCGCGAAUUACAGAGCUUUCCUCGUUCGCGGCGCGAUCAGGUAUCGCAGAACCGUCGUCGCCUUUGCCCAGUCGAAGGGGCUCUUUGAAUCACUUUUGGGCAACAUUUACUUCAGAAGUGCGUGCGGCAAAGCCCCAUCCCCUAGACUAUAUCGACUUGGAUGUGCUGGACGUCGAACACGCCGAAUGGGUCUCUGCGCGCGCACAUUUUGCGAAUGGAAUCCUAUCCUUCACCCACCAGUCGGAGAAGCCCUUUGCGUCUAUCAAGCUAUCUGGGCUACGGAUUGUCGGUCAUAUGGCUAAACCCUACAUUCAAAUCUUAAAUGAUAACGAGACGUUUCUCCUCCACAUGGACUCACCCGACUCCAACGUCAAAUGUCUGGCCACCCUCUUGGCCUGGGGUGAAACAAGAGAUGAAGGGAUUCAGAACAAAUUGUGGAUCCCCAAGAUCAAGAUUGAGCCAGUGAAGCCUGAUGAAAAAGAGGAGUUAUUAGUAUGCAAGUUCAACGUCCACUUUACUGCUCCACAUGCGUCUGACUCAAGCAGCUGGCAAACUGUGCUUGGCACUCUUAAUAAAAAGGGCCGGCUGUCUUUAUCGCUAGACAGGGGCGAGAUAUUCGCUCUCAAUAUCACCCAGGUUUACGCAGAUUGUAUUCGCCGUGUUGACCCUUCGCUGGUUUCAUCCGAGUGGGUCAUUUUCAUUGUUCCAGAUAUGGGAGGCCCAGAAUCCGUUUAUCUCAAGUUCAGUACCGACAACGAUUUUGAGGAUUGGUUCGUGUGCUUGCGAGGAUUUUGCAAACAAAGAGUAUACACCCCGCUCACCAGGGACGUUUCCCAGAGCAUACGGUUCAGCCAUCAGUUCAAAGUUAAUAUCUUGAGUGGCAAAACCAAGGGGCCCGAUGACACCCAUGCGUUUUUCGACUUUUCGAACACCUACGUCGACAUAUGUUUUAACGAUUGGAUCUGGGCCCGCACGUUAGUACAUCCUACCGCAAACAACCCAUUUUGGGGCCAAGAAUUCGUUUUCAAGGAACUUGAUAGAGAACUGGCGCCUCUUGAACUCGUACUGAGAAGAGCAAAUACCGAAAGGCCGAGUGAGCUGGACUUAUUCUUGGCAAAGGUAAUCAUCAACGAUUCUGACGAGGGCAUGGAGCGGUGGGUGACGCUUGAGACUGAAAACGACUCUAAUAUAUCAAUAUCAUUGUAUAUUGCAUACGAACACCUUCAAACACCUGUCUUGGACUCCGCUUGUUACGAUGGGAUGCAGUCACUACUUCGCAAAUGCUCGAAUUUGGACAUCGCCACGACGCUGGCAAACUCUGGGACCAAGCUUGUCACGACUGCUUGCGAUAUCUUCACUGAUAUCUAUCGGGGAGAAUUUAUGCACACUGAGUGGAUCAAGGCCUUAAUAUCAUCCGAAGUCUCUGCUCUGGCCAAGGAACCAACCAAAGCCACCGGCACGGACGUGUUAUUCCGCGGAAGCAGUCUACUAAGUCAGGCACUUGAAAAAUUCAUGUUCUUGUACGGCCGAGAGACGCUGAUCAAAACGGUGGGACGGUUUGUACGCAAGAUAUGUGCUUCUAAAGACCAGCUCGAGCUCGAUCCCUCAAAAAUCCAAGGCGCCUCCGAAGCUGAGGUAGCUGCCAUCGCCAAAGUAAACCGCCUGGCGUUUGAACACUAUUUGAAUUAUCUCUGGAGCCUGAUCAAGAAUUAUAGUUUGCCAGAGACCGUCCAAUACCUCGUGACGCACCUUAGGAAAGAAAUGCAAGAGAAAAUGAAAGCAACCGAGGCCCAAAUAUGGAACGGUUUAGCAGCUUUUAUUUUCCUGCGGUUUUACUGCCCCGCUAUUCUGAACCCUCGAUUAUUUGGCUUGGCAGACCAAACCCUCAGCCCCUCAAACCAGCGGGCCCUCACAUUAUUUGCAAAGAUUCUCCAAUCGUUUGCGAACCGAGUUAAAAUGGGAUCAAAGCAGGAGUGGCUGCUGCACAUGAAUCGGUUUUUUGAAAGCCACGAUGCAGAGCUUGUAACUUACUACCAGAAAGCCAGCUCGUGGAACACCGACAUGCCACUAGCCCGCGUUCCCAAACAGUUGCCUUUGAAAUCGUUUAUGGGCACCUAUUUAACUAACCCUUACUUGGUUGACUUAUCUGCAUCGUAUGCCAGACUGGCUGACUGGAUUGCUAAUAAUAUCGAAUUCAACAAGGACUGGGAUCAGGCCACUCGACUUUUGUAUGAGGAAAGUAAAAAGGUGAGCAAUCGGCUCAGAGAAGUAUGUGCCAUACUGGAACAAGCCGACUCUCUGCCUUCGAGCCGUGCUGACCCAGUGACAUUAUAUGCUAAUUGGACUAGCAUGCUGUACAGCCCCGAUUCUUCUUUGCUGGAUUCUCAGCUUGUCAAGGCCCCAGAGAAAAAGUCGCUGUUUCGUCUCUUUAGACGCGGUUAG